CUUUUGUGCGAAGUCAGGUUUGUUUAUGCGCUGGACAAGGCAUAAGCGUAAUGGCGGCGGACAGCCUGUGAUGAACUAGCGAAAAUAGUAACGAAUCUAGCUAGCUACACCUUCGAAAAUAAUACGUGGGGAAACAAGUUCAGAAACGUAAUAUACAUUUAUUAUCACCAAAAUGCAGAUAACGCUGAAAACCCUCCAGCAGCAGACAUUUAAAAUCGACAUAGACGCUGAGGAGACGGUGAAAACAUUAAAAGAGAAAAUUGAGAAUGAGAAGGGAAAAGAUGGGUUUCCAGUUGCUGGACAGAAGUUAAUAUAUGCAGGGAAAAUCCUAAAUGAUGACACAGCCCUCAAAGAGUAUAAGAUUGAUGAGAAGAACUUUGUGGUUGUCAUGGUGGCAAAGCCCAAAGCAGCCCCAGCAGCUGCCCAGCCCUCUCAAGCUGCUCCGACCACCCCCGCUAGCACUACAGCCCCCACCGUUCCCCCUGCUGCCUCGUCAGGGUCAGAUAACCCACCCGAGGGAGUCAAAGUGGACAAACCAGCAGAGGAGAAGCCCUCUGACACCUCCACCCCAGUCUCAACCCCCACCAGUUCUUCUGGUCUCUUGACAAAUGUCAACAUGUUUGAAGAGGCUACUUCUGCUCUUGUGACGGGUCAAUCAUAUGAGAACAUGGUGACAGAGAUGAUGCUGAUGGGUUAUGAGAGGGAGCAGGUGGUGGCGGCCCUUAGAGCUAGCUUCAAUAACCCAGACAGAGCUGUGGAGUACCUGCUUACAGGGAUCCCUGCCGGGGAGGAGGGACACGCAGGUGCAGCCCCAGGGGUCACGCCGGUGGGUGGAGGAACUCCAGCUCUGAACACUGGCAGUAUGACCACGCCCAGCACCACAGGCUCAUCAGGAGCCAACCCUCUGGGGUUCCUGGUCAACCAGCCCCAGUUCCUCCAGAUGAGGCAGAUCAUCCAACAGAACCCCUCCCUACUCCCUGCCUUACUACAGCAGAUCGGGAGAGAGAACCCCCAACUCUUACAACAAAUCAGCAGUCACCAAGAGCAGUUCAUCCAGAUGCUGAACGAGCCAGCCACAGAGGGGGGACAGGGAGGAGGUGGUGGUGGUGGUGGUGGUGGGGGCGGCGGCGGUAGUGGUGGUGGAGUGGGUAUUGGUGGGGAGGCUGGAAGUGGAACCAACUACAUCCAGGUCACACCCCAGGAGAAGGAGGCGAUUGAGAGGCUAAAAGCCCUAGGAUUCCCUGAAGGACUUGUUAUACAGGCCUACUUUGCCUGUGAGAAGAACGAAAACUUGGCCGCUAACUUCCUUUUACAACAGAACUUUGACGACGACUGAAAAGGAAGCCAGGCUAGUUAUUUUGAUCUUUUUUUUUCUUGCUUUUUGAUUGAUCAAUGUUGAAUAAGCAUAAACAAAAGAUGGGCCUUCACGGUUUCCUACAUUUUACUACAAAUAACAUGAUACAUAUUGGUGAUGGUAACACUGGAUCAUCAUUUUUUUUAAAGAGAAAUUAAAGCCAUUUCUCUGAUCACUUUGGGGGAAUUGAGUAAAAGCUACUUGGUUGAAUGGAGUAAAAGCUACUUGGUUCAUCAGAUAUCACUUGUGUGCUACCCGUUUCUUAAUUUUGUAACUAGCUAAAGACCAACAUGAUUGUUUCUUAUCAUAAAGAAAUUAAUACUGGUUUAAAAGGUUGAUCGCAGAAUGUGUUUCCCAAUGUAGCUAUUAAAGAGAAGAGCAAGAAUGUCAUUGGGAUGUUUGUUAUGGUAUAUUCAUACAUCAUUGUUAAAGUUUUGUUUCUGCUUUCUGUCUCAAUUUACAAGUAUAGGGUUCCCAAUACAUAAUAAAAAUUACAAUUUUAAAUGACAGUAAAGGUUUUUAAACAA